GUCCAUUUCGACUUUCGAUCUGCAUAAUGGUCCUCAAAGAAGCGGAUUCGAAAAGAUUUAUGAAAUUUUUAGUCAAUCAGACAAAAGGUGCCGUCAAGCCGCUGGUGCCGACGACAGUAUUCAGAAAAUUCGCUAAGCUCAAAGGUUCAGAGCUUGGUGCAACUGCUUACGCUAAUAGAUUCGAAAACUAUCUGGUACCGAACAUGGAUAAAAUGAACGAAUACAGUAUCGAGUUACGGAUUCGAGUGAUGUUCGGCAUGUCGGCAAAAGUGUCGAAUGACUUUUUAGAACAAAUCAAAACGACUGGAACUGUUCAAGUGGAUGAGUUAGGAAGAAUUUGCAAGUAUACUUCGGAUGAAGGAAAUCUAUCAUUGGAAGGAAUCCACUGUAAAUCUUCUGAGGCAGUACGAAAACGCUCAACGAACGCCACACUUUCCGCUGAUUUUGUGAGAUUGAUGACUUUUCUCACUGAAAAGACGAAGGAUUCAAUCAAGCCACUGGUAGCAAGUAAAGUGUUUGCAGAAUUUAGCGAGAAUGGAGGAGGUGGACGAACGGACCAAGCCUACUAUAAACAAUUCCGAAGACGUGUGGCACCGAAGAUGGCUAAACUUAAGGAAUACAGUAUUCACGAUCGAGUUCGAGUGAUGUUUGGGCUCUCUGGACAAGUUUCGAACGAUUUUCGGAGACAAAUUCAAACGAUUGGAAUUGUUCAGCUUGAUGAUAAUAGACGAAUUUGCAAAUUUGUCUCACAUGAUGGAAAGCUGAAGUUGGAAGGAAAUCGCAAGAAUUCGGCGAGAGUCGAGCGACGUUCUGCAAAAAACCGAGAUCCUGGUGCGAAUGCUACGAGACAAUACGACGAUGUGGAGUCUUCGAUUUCGUAUUAUGGAUCUCCAAAAAGAGCGAGAAGUGAAAUGAGCUCUGUUCCGAGUGACGAUGAAGCGGAGUAUAUUGGAGGUGUGGAGGGAUUUGUGAAGCCGGAACCGGUUGAUUUCGAUUUUGAAGAACUCCUCAAUAGAGAUAUGUCACACAAUUUGCUCAUUGAUUAUUCGCAACAAUAUGAAGAAAUGAUGAUGGAAGAGAACAACCAGCCAUUUGCUGAGGAUUCUCCAUACGAAAGUGUCGACGAUGACAUGGAUUGUAUCGAAUCGAUGGCAGUACAUCCGAAACAAGAAGCAAUUUCAUCGGAUUUCAAGGAGCUCUUCCAUAGAGAUGCAUCCCAAGAAGAUAAAGAAGUCAGCAGCAAUUGGCCAGUUUACAAUAAAACUUCAUUCGGCGAUGAUAUGGAAUAUAUUGGAGCGGUGAAGGGACAGCCAAAGCCUGAACCAAUUGAUUUUGAUUUUUAUCAAAUCAAUAAUCGAGAGCAUUUCCAAGGAAAUCAAGAAAUGAUGAUAGAAGACAACAAUUCGUCAAUUUCUGAGAGAAACGCUGAUGUUCCAUUCGUCGAACAUCAACAAAUCAGUCUUUCCGCGGAAAGUCGAGAUACUUCAGCUGAAUCGGAAUCCAUAUAUCUGCAUGAUUUCCUGAAACAACUGGCUCAAUUCAUUAGCUUUUUCGAAUGUUCGGAGCUAGCUGAGAUCAAGAAAAAUAUCAAAGAAGUGAUGGCUGAUGAGGAAAAAAUUGCCGGCUUUCAAAAAGUAAAAAUCCUUGAUAUUCGUACAGUUCUCGGUGCAUUUUUCUUCGGAGUCAGCCGAAAAAUCAAAUCAACUGGCUCAAAUAAUUCUACAAUGAAGGUCAAAGAUUUCAUGUUCAAGUUCAAGUUCUUCCUUCUCGGAUUGGAUUGUUCCGAACUUCUCGAGCUACAGCAGAAGGUUCAUGAGAAACUUGAUGAGCAAGAUGUUACAAAGAAGAUUCUCUUGUACAGCGACAUUCAGAAAGCACUACAAUCCCUGAUCUACACAAUUUCUCAAUAACUCGAAAAGUUUUAAUUGUUUUUUUUUCAAAAUCUCUUCAUUUGUUCCAUUGUUCUGUUAUUUUUUGUUGAAAUUGUUACUCCCCAUUUUUUUGAUGUUUAAGUUAUGAAAGAAUUUUCGUUU